AUGCCUCCUAAAAAACAAGAAGAGCAUCAACAUGGACCAAUUCUUGGUAGACUGUCGACGAAUUUAAGGAUGGGAAUUCUUGGCUUACCAAAUGUUGGGAAAUCUACCUUUUUUAAUGUUUUAACAAAAUCAGAAGCUCAGGCAGAGAAUUAUCCAUUUUGUACGAUUGACCCGAAUGAAAGUAGAGUACCUAUUGAUGAUGUUAGAUUUGAUUGGUUGGUAGAACAUUAUAAGCCUUUAAGUAGAGUGCCUGCUUUUUUGAAUGUUGUGGACAUUGCUGGGCUUGUUAAAGGUGCUUCCGAAGGUCAGGGUCUUGGAAAUGCUUUCCUUUCGCAUGUUGGUGCAUGUGACGCUCUCUUUCAUUUAUGUAGAGCAUUUGAAGAUAGCGAAGUUACUCAUGUUGAAGGAGAGGUUGACCCAAUUCGUGAUUUGGAAAUAAUAAGUUCAGAACUUCGACUAAAAGAUUUGGCAUAUUUACAGCCAGCAUUAGAUAAAGUAGAAAAAUUAGCAAUUCGAGCAGGAGACAAAACAAAAAAAUUAGAAUAUGAUACUUUAAUUAAAGUAAAAGAAUUAUUGGCGACAAAAUUUGUUCGACAACACGAAUGGAACGAAAAAGAAAUUGAAAUUUUAAAUAAACAUUUAUUUUUAACUGCAAAACCAAUCGUUUAUUUGGUUAAUUUAUCUGAAACAGAUUAUAUUAAAAAGAAGAAUAAAUGGCUACCAAAAAUUAAAUCUUGGAUUGAUUCUAAUGAUCCUGGAGGGGUAUUAAUUCCAUUUUCUGGUGCUUUUGAACUCAAAGCUAUUGAAAUGGACCCUGCAGCAAGAACAGAAUAUUUUAGUCAAACUGGUGUUAGUAGUGCUUUAGAUAAAAUAAUUAAAACUGGUUAUAAAGCUUUGUGUUUGGAAUAUUUCUUUACUGCUGGGAAGGAUGAGGUUCGUGCUUGGACAAUCCAAAAAGGAACAAAAGCGCCUCAAGCAGCUGGAAGAAUUCAUACGGACUUUGAGAAAGGUUUUAUUAUGGCAGAGGUAAUGAAGAUUGCAGAUUUGAUGGAAUUAUUAAAUGAAAAUGCAGUUAAAGGAGCUGGUAAAUAUAGACAACAAGGAAGAAAUUAUGUAGUUGAAGAUGGGGAUGUUAUAUUUUUUAAAUUUAAUGCUGGUGCUGGAUUGACUGCUGCAAAGAAAAAAUAAAUUUAUUUAAAUUAAAUUUUGUUAUUUAAAAGUUUUUUUUAUUUCCUUUUUUUGUUGGUUUUUGAGCCUUUUUUAAAUUUAGGAGUAAAUUUGGUUUUCUUGUAUUGAUUAAAUUUUGAUUUUUUAUCUUAAUUUAUUGAAGAAAUUAAAGUUGUCGGUGAUCUGUGUUUAAUAACGUUAAAAGAGUACCAGCAAGUUAUACAAAAAGCUACUGAAAAUCGCAAAACCGCAAUAUAUAGGAUACCCGUUCUUGGAGGAAAACUCGAAAUGUAUAAUCCAGUUAGUCCAUGUUGAUUCAAAUGACAUA